AUGAGUAGUCCACGCCGCCGCAUCGAGACGGAUGUCAUGAAGUUGAUGAGUGACUACGAAGUCACGCUGGUGCAUGACAACAGUACGCAAGAGUUCUAUGUCCGGUUCAAGGGUCCCGCGGAGACGCCGUUUGAAGGCGGUCUUUGGAAGGUGCAUGUCGAGCUUCCCGACCAGUACCCGUAUAAGUCGCCGAGCAUCGGGUUUGUCAACCGCAUCUUCCACCCGAACAUUGACGAGCUGUCGGGCUCCGUCUGCUUGGACGUGAUCAACCAGACGUGGUCGCCCAUGUACGAUAUGAUCAACAUUUUUGAGGUGUUCCUGCCGCAGCUGCUACGGUACCCGAACCCCACAGACCCUUUGAACGGCGAAGCGGCUGCCCUGCUGAUGCGGGAACCCAAGAACUACGAUAUCAAGGUGAAAGAAUAUGUCCAAAAGUAUGCUAGUAAAGAGGCGGCUGACGAGGCUGGUGCCGAGUCGGAAGACGACGACGAUAUGUCCUCGGUCGGCAGCUUCGACGAGGACGACGAAGACGAGCCGGCCGGCCAGAUGGACGACGUAUAA